CUUUGGUCCUCGUUUCUCUUCUGAUCCUGAUUCCUAACACUCUGCCAAUCCCUUUGCAGAAGUGUACUAUAUAUCCUUUGAUAUUCUAUGGAUGAACGUGUUCUUUUUAGCAGCCAGACACCCAAGCAACACAGAGAUAUGGCUGAACACUUUAUAUCUGUAGCUUCACCACAUUAAUUGCUCAACUGCUUCAUUCCAGGGAUCAGUCAACGCCUCCCAGACCUCCCCAACAGGUCCAGGGUAUCCCAUUGGCGAGUCGAAGGAAGCUGAAGAAGAUGAAGGUGUUGGGAAUCGUUUCGGAAGCGCGAGAUCUCAAUCAGAUAAAAGCGUAUUCUUUCGGUGAGUUAAAGGAAGCCAAACAAAUGUCCUUGGGAAGAAUGGAGGUGUUGGGAAUUGUUUCAGAGGCACGAGAGCUAAGUCAGGCUCACACUGCUCCUGUGAUGGAUCACAGUCCACCAUUCUUAGCCACCUACAAGAGCCUCUUCGGCGGACAACAAGCCAUUGACACUGAAACCGAGGUGGUGGAGUGCUGCGACCUCCCGCUCAUCGAUCUCAGCCGUCUACACGACGUGCUCGAGGCCGCGCAAUGUAAGCAAGAUAUCGUCACCGCCGCCUCCGAGUGGGGCUUCUUCCAGAUAGUGAGCCACGGCAUACCCGACGGUCUCUUGGCGAGGUUGCGAGAGGAGCAGGUUAAGAUGUUUCGUCAACCGUUCAAGCGGAAGACCAGCGAGAAACUCCUCGACUUCUCCGACGACAGCUAUCGGUGGGGGACACCCACGGCGACCAGCCUGAAGCACUUGUCGUGGUCGGAGGCGUAUCAUAUUCCUCUAUCUUCGUCAAACAAGCCUGCAAGAAGUAGCACGAUCAGGUGCGUGAUAGAAGAACUUUCUUUGGCGAUGGCCCAACUGGCAACUCAACUGGUCGAUACGCUUGCGGAAGGAUUUGGACGCGAUGGCACAUAUAUGAAGGAAAACUGCACACGUAACAUGUGUUAUCUACGGCUAAACCGCUAUCCGCCAUGCCCAAUACCUGCUCAAGUGUUUGGAUUGGUUCCUCACACUGACAGUGAUUUCCUCACCAUCCUGUGCCAAGACGAAGUGAUCGGGCUGCAGUUGAAGAAGGGUGGGAGAUGGGUCACUGUUAGGCCUAAUCCUAACACGCUCGUCAUCAACAUCGGCGAUCUAUUCCAGGCAUGGAGCAAUGGCUUAUACAAGAGUGUGGAGCACAGGGUCAUGUCGAACCCACACCUGGAAAGGUUCUCAGUGGCCUACUUUAUGUGCCCCUCCAACGAAACUGUGAUCGAGAGCAGCGCACAGCCGGCCAUCUACAGGAAGUUCAGCUUUGGGGAAUACCGACAACAAGUCCAGCAAGACGUCAGGCGAAUGGGCCACAAGGUUGGGCUCACAAGGUUUCUUGCUUGAAGCAGAUGAAACAUCCAGCGAUUCCCUCCACAGCUCUUUUCUCCGAGUGCCAAUUUUAGCUUUUUGGCCACUAAUUAUAGAUCUAAAAUUGCGACAAACCAUAGUCCCAAGGAGUGCUAAAUAUUUAGAGUCCAAAUAGUAAGUGUUGCAGUCAUCUGAUCCUCGAAACAGUUGACAGGAAACAGAUAGAUCUAUAGGUUACAUUUGUAAAUCGAAGAAACAGAGGUAGAAACCGCUUGAGCUACCUUCAAGAUGUACUACUUGGGGAGGAGGCAACAUGAAUAAAUUGGUAGUAUUCGAUAAAUAUUUGGACGUACACAACCUGUUUCAGAUGUCGCAGGAACUAUACAACAAAACAAAACUUCUCAGUCGCUGCUCAUAAUCACUUGUAGGAGGAGAUAAAACCACAUGAGAUCUGCGAUUGUUGCCAAACUUUGUAAGACCGUAGGCAGAAUCUUCGUCCACAGAAAAGAAUGCAUCCUUCGACAUGUUACCUCGUUGACCUCGGUGUUGGAUUGGCAUUGGAUUCAGUAAUGAAUGCAUCAGCCGUAUCAAAUAUGCGAAAGAGAGAAUCAUCGGCUCGAUAUGACCAUGAUAUGAAGCAUCCCUAGAAGCACUUGCCACAGCUUUCAAACCACUCGGCAUCUUCGAUUUAGCAGCAGACAUCAAGUUCUUUACGAAUCGAAGAUCUCGAAGCUUUUAUCGCCGAGGAAGAACAAUGUGGUGUUGUGACGCCAUGCAGAGGAACCAGAUAAGAGGUCAAAAGAUCACAAUAUCUCU